UUAAAACAAAAAGAAAAAAUAACACAAAGAAAAAAAGUAUAUAGACCGUGAAUUGACGAAAAUUUGUAAAAAUUUUCCGUGAAGUGUGACUAAUUUUCUCGGUUGGUACAAUUUGUGAUUUCGGUUUAGUUGCAAAAAUUUUCCAUUUUAGUUAACCAAACGGCGGGUACGUGUGUGCAUAACCGUGUUAAUGUGUCUCUAUACAAAUUUGCUAAAAAACGUAUGUAUGAAGAGAAAAGCAUCAAGCUUAAAUGAAUUUAUCGCUUUAAAGCAAAUUCGAUUGCCAAAAGUAGCGAAAUUCAUAGCAGAUUGCAUAAAGCGUUUGUAAAAUUUGCUCUGCAGAAUUUUCAACAGCAACGAUUUUUUAAAAGCUAGCAAAAAAAAAACAAUUGUGAGCCCUCCUCCUCGGCAGGGUGAAUGAAAGGGCGGCUGCAUUGCGCUGCAGUUAGUUUCCGGUACUAUACUGUACCAGUAACGGCAACGGCACUCAGAGCAGCAGCGUGGCACAUAGCAAUUUCAUCGGCGCGUGCCAGCAAAUUCAGCAGCAUACUUGUAAAAACAAAAACAAAAAACACACUUCGGUGAAUAAAAAAACGCCGCAAGGCAAAGCAACGCAUUGCAGCGCAGCACAGCACAGCACAACACAACGCCACGCAACGCAACGAAACCUAACAUAAAAUCAAUAAUCGCAGUAGCUGCCAAGUGGCCGUAGCAGUGUUGGUGGCAAAAUUUUAUUCCGAGUUUCUUUGCGUUAACAGGCUUCCGUUGCAGAAGGCCAGAAGUCUCGCGAAAAUUCGGAGCUGCUGAUGCACGGUGUGCUUCUGUAGAGGAAAACUCCGAAUGCGUACUCAAAUAAAAAGUGAAAUUAAAUAAAAACCUAACAAAAAGGCGGCGACAAAUAUUAUUUAAAAUAAUAUUAAAAACACAAAAAAAAAAAUCAAGCGCCAGUUCUUAUAUCGCAUAUACAAAUAAAUAUUGCGCCUGAAGUAGUUUUGAAGUUCUAUUUAAUCGUCCUACUAUUUUCAGCAAAAAGAUAAAAUAUUUUGCAAAUGCAAAUAGAAUAAAAAAAUAAUAAAAAAAAAUUUGAAAAUAAGUACACAUUGUAAAUUUGCAGUUAAUUAAAAAUUACGACGAUCUCAAAUGCUGUUUGCUAUAAUUACUUGAAUUGCAGCUUAAAUAAUUAAACGCGGUUAAAGUCGAGUGCAAGAAUUUAAAUCAACUCCCGUCGCGCAUUUGUGUUGAUAAAAAAGGUAAAAAAAAAAAUCGUUAAAUAAAAAAGCGCACGCGUCUCGCAUUUGUUGCAUGCGUUUUCUAAAGUUGCCGGCUUAAAAAGCAAUAAGCAGUGAAAAAACACCAACAGCAAGCUGCAAAAAAAGUAAAAAAAAUUAAAACGCGCAAAAUAAACGAUUCAGCAGAAACUUUUCAUUUAAUCGUCAACGCUGCCAACAGUGUGGCAGUGAACCAAUUGUAGCGCCUGAACCUGCAGCAGUAACAAAAUGCCGGGUGGCAGCGGUGGUGGCAGUGGCUACGAAGAGGUGGCCGCCGCCAGACGUGGUCGCUUUCAUGUGACCUCAACGGCAGCGCAAGGACCGCCAGAGACGACCUUCGGGCGAUUUCGUCUAAUGCCCACGUCUAAUUAUGGUGCUAUUUCACCCAUAUUGCAACGUGGUCGUUUCGCUGUCAUCCCCGAGGAACCGCAAGGUUCACCGGCGCAAGGCACGCCACCAACCGAGCGUUCGGUGCGUUCGCCUUCGCCGGAAUGGGAUUUCGACAUAGAUCAGCCCACCAUAUUCGAUGUCUUUCGCCAGCGCGCCAAAUCGGAUGCCAAGCGCAAAGAUUCCGCCCUAUUGGUGGCGGGCAGUGGCGUUGUGGCCGGUGCGACUGGCGCGGAUAGCAGCAGCGCGAGCAGCACACACUCUGGCGCCGGUGGUGGCAUAAUGAAUCAAAUGAAAGUGGCCAUGCAGAAUUCAGGGCUGAUAGGUCAUCAUCAUCAUCACGAUAAGCGUCAACAUCCCGCGGUGACGAUAACCACCGCCGAGGGUAGCAGUGCAAAGAAUAAGUACAAAGAUGGUUCGGCGCAUCCGCAUCAGGGCAGCGAUGCACAAUACUACCACACCGUCACAGCGGUACGACGUGUCGAUGCGUCCCGCUCACCAAUGACCAAAGUAAUGGAUUUGUUUAGGAGCCGUUCGAAUUCAGCGGCCACCGAGGCGGAUAAGCGCAAAGCGCGAGCAGCAGCACAUCAACAACAAUUGGCGGUGCAAAGUGCUCACAUGCGACGCGCUUCAGCCGAUUUGGAGAAACGACGUGCUUCUUUGGGUGCAGCUAGUCGAGGCUUACGUGGAGACGGUACUUUGGAUCCACAUCAUGCCGCCAUAUUAUUCCGUGAUUCCAGAGGGUUGCCAGUCGCUGAUCCGUUCCUAGAAAAAGUGAACCUAUCGGAUUUUGAAGAAGACGAUUCACAGAUUUUCGUGAAAUUCUUCCGUUUCCAUAAGUGCUAUGACCUGAUACCGACCUCUGCUAAAUUGGUUGUCUUCGAUACACAAUUGCUGGUGAAGAAAGCGUUCUAUGCGCUGGUAUACAAUGGUGUGCGUGCAGCACCACUUUGGGACUCACAGAAACAACAAUUUGUUGGUAUGCUAACCAUAACGGAUUUCAUCAAAAUCCUACAAAUGUAUUAUAAAUCACCGAAUGCAUCAAUGGAACAGCUGGAAGAGCACAAAUUGGACACAUGGCGAAGUGUGUUGCAUAACCAAGUUAUGCCAUUGGUUAGCAUCGGACCGGAUGCUUCACUCUAUGAUGCCAUUAAAAUUCUCAUACACAAUCGCAUACAUCGAUUGCCGGUCAUUGAUCCGGCGACAGGCAAUGUUUUGUACAUAUUAACACAUAAGCGCAUACUGAGGUUCCUCUUCUUAUAUAUUAACGAAUUACCAAAGCCCUCGUAUAUGCAGAAGACCCUACGUGAUUUAAGGAUCGGCACAUACGACAACAUUGAGACUGCGGACGAGAACACAAGCAUUAUAAUGGCGUUGAAGAAAUUUGUGGAACGACGAGUAUCGGCUUUACCGCUAGUCGAUUCUGAAGGAAGGCUGGUGGAUAUUUACGCGAAAUUCGAUGUGAUUAAUUUGGCCGCCGAGAAGACCUACAACGACUUGGAUGUCUCGCUGCGCAAAGCAAACGAACACCGCAAUGAAUGGUUCGAGGGCGUACACAAGUGCCGUUUAGAUGACACACUCUAUACAAUUAUGGAACGCAUUGUGCGCGCCGAAGUGCAUCGGCUUGUUGUCGUCGAUGAGAAUCAGAAAGUGAUUGGCAUUAUUUCCCUAUCCGAUAUACUGUUGUACCUGGUGUUACGCCCCAGUGGCGAGGGUGUGGGCAUAUCUGAGAAUUCGCUACGCGCCUCAGAUCCUAUUUUGCGACGUAAAUCGUCCGAAGAAGAAGAUGCCGAUACAAAAUCGUCAGGCAGUCGUAGUAUUAUUGAAGAUAUACCUGAGGAAGAGCCGGCGGUGGUGACAACAGCGCCAGCGCCUCCAACGGGAGGCCAACCCGCCGUCAACGUCGCCGCCGAAAUCGUCACGAACAAUAGUGAUGAGUUAGAUGCCUCAACACAAAAGCAGAAUGGUGAUAGUAAUCCCGCUGAAGUGUCCUUUGCCGCCGAGGCGGAAGAAGAUCCUGUAGAUGUUGCCGUGACGGAUGCCGACAUCGAACCGGAUGCAGAUGGUGAUAAUGAUGAUGACGUAGUGACUGGGCAAUUUGUGGAUAGGAAAAAAUCGCUUGGUGCGACGACAGACGAAGACACAGAAUUGGAAGUAGCCGCAUCGGCAGCGUCAGCGUUGGGUGGAAUGCCGACAAGGACGACGCGUGAAAUGGCGCUUGUUAGUGAAUAAAUUUAUUAUACUAUAUACACGUACAUACAUACAUACAUAUACAAUACAUAUUGCAAGCUACAAACAUAUACAAAAAAUACAUACAUAUUUUAAGUAUGCGUUUUUAAUGAGCUAACAACAAAUUAUAAAAAAAAAAAACAAAAAAAACAUUUGAUAAACUUUAUUGUUGCUAUGAAUGCUUCAAAGCCUUACAAAACAAACAAAAAAAAACUAAAAGAAACGAAGUAACAUAACGUUCGAUUAGAGUGUUUAAGAUUGUAGAUAAAUUUUGUGCAAAAAGCUGCAAAACAUAACAGCGACAUUGGCUCGCUAAUGCUCAUGCGAGUAGGAAUGCAAAAGAAAACUUUUUUUUGAUCCGAGAAAAUUGCAGCCUGGAAAAAGCGAAUAGGGGCAUACUGGCUGCAGCGGAGCAAAGGCAGGUGUUAUAGGCAAGCUUUUAAAACAGGCUUUACAAAUUCUUAUAUAUAUUUAAACAAAGAAAACUAGUUUUAUAAUUUAAGUAGAAAUCAUUGGAAAAUAGCGAAACAUAAUAAAAUAAAGCUUAAGUAAAGCAAAUUGCUUGUAUAAAAGAAAAUCAUGAAAAUUUUACAAAUUUAAAAAUCAGCAAGAAACAGGUAAGGGAUAUAGCAUUAGCUGCGAUCGAUCGUAAGUAAAUAGGCGCCAUGAUUGGUGAAGAAAGCAAGACAAAGAGAGCUCGGUGAACACACCGAACUAAUCUCCACAUGCGAGCACACUUGCAUACAUACAAAUACUACUAUACAUAUACAUAAAUUCAUACACGAAAAUAGAAAUAAACACAUAUACAUACAUACACACACACACUCAUGUGGCAAGGUAAACAUAAAUUUAAAUUUUAGAGAAAGGUAUUGCAGACUACCCAAUUAACUAACUUAAAAUACAAAAUUAAAAAAAAAAAUAAAAUUAAAUUAAUUUAAAACUUAAAACAAUUAUUUUAAUUGCGAAACAAAUACAACAACAAGAAACAAAGAUUUCAUACCAAUAAAAGCAGCAACAGAAUACAACAUACGUACACGCAAACAUACAUAUAAACAAAGCAUAGUUUAAGUAGCGGAUGUAAUGCGUGCGUGUCGAGCAGAUAAAUAUGUAUCUAUGUAGUAGAACACAAAGGCGCAUGCGCGCAUAUAAUUUAGUAGCAAAAGAAAUGUUAUACACUUUUUACUACAUACAACAAAACUACAAAGAAACAAAUAAAAACGAAAUUUAAAUACAAAACUAAA